CCCCACAAUGUUAUUGUCUAAGACACCUAGUGGUGGAAAUCAGUUUUGCAGUUUGUGUUCUAAUUUGACCCUCCUGUCUUGCCGUAGCCAGCUUAGUGUGGGUGUGUUUCAGAGAGCAGUAGAGAACAGUUGAGAGCAGAUGUCAAACAAACAGGAUGUACUGCAAGCUUUAAGCUUUCUUUUCGACUUUGAAGACUUUGAAGGUCUGAACCUUUUUACAAAAUAUACGAUUAAUCCUUCACUAAAAAGACCUAAACUACACUACAGACGCUUGGGACUCUUUUUUCAUCAAGGAUUAUAUCAUGUUAGCUAUCUGCUAAGCUAACCAGCAAAAGCAAGAGCAGAAUAGUAAAAAGGUUUAACAUUCAGUCUGCUUACAAAGGAAAGUGAGCCAUUACAACUGCAGGCCAGAAAGACAUUCAACAACAUAUCAUGGAUGAUAAAAACCUUAAAGCUGAAGAUCGAGGUGCACCUUCUGAACGCUCCAGUCGUACUAAUCACUCUGGCAGUUCGAGACAUUCAUCACAAGGUUUGGCUGUCAGAGCAAGAGCCAGAGCCGAAGCUGCAAGAGUCAUGGCUACAUUUGCGCAAAGACAAGCAGACAUGCAAAUCGAGCAGGCACGGAUUGAAGCUGAACAAUCAAAGAAAAAAGCGGAGAUCAAAGCUGAACAAGCAAAGAAAAAAGCGGAGAUUGAAGCGGAACAGCAAUGUAGAGCAGCUGAAGUACAAGCUAACCUUGAUGCGCUGAAGGUACGGACUGCUGCUGAAGCAGCAUGCGCUGAGGCUGAAGUCUUGGAAGCUUAUGAGAAUGAAGUUGGAGAGCCUUCAAGGCAAAGUAUAACAGGUUUGGCUCCCUAUUCCUCACAGCAACGCACUAGGGAAUAUGUGCAACAACAUUCUGUGGAUCAUGGUCAGCAACAACUCCGGCAUCCAAAACAAAAAGCCGUUUAUUCACCAGAGCGCCAGCAGUACAUGGACAACGGUGAUUCCGUCUUAUCGCCAAAGCGCCAGCAAUACAUGGACAACGGUGAUAUAGAAAUGGACAGUAUGGAUGUACGCAGUUGUGCAGAAAAAAGCAACUCUUUUCAUUUGUUGCACAAAUGGCAAGGGGAACGCCAGAGCAGACCCACCACCCCUGUGAAAUUCCCUCAAGAAAGAUCUUUCACCCAGCAACUUCACUACGCACGCCCCCGAGACCAGCAGCCUAGCCACCAAGGUGCAUUUAACCACAUGCCCCCACGUGAUCAAUCAAACUUAGACAAAUACCUCAUUCGCAAAGAAAUAAUUAGCACUGGUCUCCUGAUGUUUGAUGAUAGACCUGAGAACUACUGUGUAUGGAAGGCUUCCUUUAUCAAUGCCAUUGGUGGCUUGAACCUCAUCUACAGCCAGGAGUCAGGUUUAAUGUCCAAGUGGCUGGGACCAAAGUCUGCAGAGUUGGCCAAACGAAUCCGUUCAGCCUACAUCCAUGACGCUAAAGAAGGACUCUCAAAGUUGUGGAAGAGGCUGGAGGAAUGCUAUGGGUCAGCUGAAAUCAUUGAAGAUGCUAUGUUGAAGAGGUUAGAGGAAUUUCCAAGGAUUGCAAAUAAGGACAACCAAAAAUUACAGGACCUAGGAGAUCUAUUGCUAGAGCUGGAAGCAGCAAGACGAGAUGGAUUUCUACCUGGACUUUCUUACCUCAACACUCCUCGGGGAGUCACUCCUAUAGCGCAAAAGCUCCCUAUAUACCUUCAGGAGAAGUGGAUCUCAUUUGGCUCAAAAUAUAAAGAAGACUUUCAAGUUCGAUAUCCUCCUUUUCACGUCUUUGUACAAUUUAUUCAAGACCAAGCAAAGAUACGAAAUGACCCCAGCUUUGCUGAUCUUGGUGGUGGUUCAAACAGGACAGAUAAACUACAGAAAGAAAUCAAACAAUCUGUGUUUACCAGGAAAACUGAUGUGUCUAAAGCAGAUGCAGGCAAGCAAAACAAGGAGGAGAAAAGGGUUGAAGAUCCAGACAGAGUGUGUCCUUUACAUAAUAAGCCCCAUCCCCUAAGAAAAUGUUAUGGUUUCCGCAACAAGAGCUUAGAAGAGCGGAUAGCCUACCUCAAGGAGAAACACAUCUGUUUCAAGUGUUGUGCCUCAACAAGACACUUUGCCAAGGACUGUGAUAAAACUGUGCAGUGCAAAGAGUGCGACAGUAGUAGGCACCCAACUGCUUUACACCCUGGCCCAGCAGUAAGAAAACCAGAGAGCCCUGCUGUCAUUGAAGAUCAAGGCGGGGAGCGAGAAGAGAAAGAGCCUCCAGAGGUCAAGUCAAAAUGCACAGAGGUGUGCGGGAAGGCAGUUGGCGCCCGAUCAUGCUCCAAAAUAUGCUUGGUCCGUGUAUACCCUGCAAGUCAACGAGAGAAAGCUGUUAAAGCAUAUGCUGUCCUCGAUGAGCAGAGUAACAGGUCGCUGGCCAAGAGUGAGCUAUUUGACUUGUUGCACACUGGAAAGAAAGCCAGUUAUGAAAGAACAAUACACAGAGUUCAUGCAGAAAAUCUUUGACUCAGGACAAGCAGAGCUAGCUCCACCAUUGAAGGAGAAGCAAGAGUGCUGGUACUUACCAACCUUUGGGGUCUAUCACCCCCAAAAGCUGGAUCAAAUACGCGUGGUGUUUGAUUCUAGUGCUAAGCACGAAGGCAU